AUGUCCGCUUUACCUUCAAACCGAGAGUCGCAGAACACAACCGCGCAAAGUUCCGCUUCCUCCUCGACCUUGUCCAGAAAGGGGUCUGGCGAUUCUCCCGAACACGGGGCCCGGCACGAUGCGGUGGAACUGAAGGAUAUCAAUUCCGGCAACGGGGGCGAGGAGCUGUUGCCGAUUGAAGAGGAUAUUAUGCAGCUUGCGAGGUUAGGAGAGAUACCAGCUAUUCAGAAACUCUUUGAGAGUGGGAAGUUCGAUGCGAAAUAUCGAGAUGCGGAAGACAUCACGCCAUUACACGUUUGUGCAGACGUGAACGCCAAAGGCGGUGAAUCGGUUGCGACUCCGGCGAUGUGGGCGGCCCAGCGAUGUCAUUACUAUAUCGUCGAACUGCUCCUACAGCGCGGAGCCGAUCCCCUUCUCACAGACGCCCAGGGCUAUAAUAUAUUGCACUUGGCCACAAUUGACGGAAAUGCCUUUCUCCUCGUCCUCCUCCUACACCAAGAAAUUCCGGUAGAUGUGACCGACUCCCAAGGGCAUACUGGCCUGAUGUGGGCCGCAUACAAAGGGUUUCCGGCCUGUGUUGAUCUCUUCCUUCGAUGGGGUGCCAACGUCAAUGCUGUUGAUGAAGCAGGGUUUACGCCCCUCCAUUGGGCUCUGGUCAAAGGCUCGACGCCGUGCAUUCAGAAACUCCUCGAAUACGGGGCCGAUCGGUUUGCGAAAACGAGGGAUGGCAAGACGCCGGCGACUGCGGCUGAGGAGAUGAAAACAACCUUCUUCUGGCAUCGCGCAUUGCGCGAAUGUGGAUAUAAGCCCAAUGGUGACGUGAUACAAAUGCCCUUCGGACUGGCUACAAUUCUACGAACGAGACGAUAUGUUUCUAAAUUCUUCUUUCUUUGGCCGUUUGCCAUCAUACUUGGUGCCGUGUGGAUACUUAGCGAAUUUUCCGUCUACAUCUCUGUACCGUUGACGCUUGCUUUCGUUUUUGGCAUGCAGUGGGUGGCACAAUGGGUUGCGAACCGGAGUCAAGUGGAAUUUCGGGUGCUUCAACGAACACCUUUCCUAGCAGGUGUGUUUGCGGCUUCGCUGUUUUGGGUUGGUGUUCGGUGGCUUAUGAAAGUGUUACCCCAUACUUAUUCUUCUGAUCCCUUCCUCAAUUUCUUCUUCGCGGUAUUCUUUUCACUUACGACCUAUUUCUAUUCCCUGUCCAUGACAGGGGAUCCGGGAUAUGUGCCUAAACUUUCUAGUCGAAACCAGCAGCGGGAUGUAAUAUCAGACUUAUUUAAGACCUGGCAAUUUGACGAGGACAACUUUUUCAUUGUCCCUGGAUUGACAACUGCGUUGGGACCAAUAAUCUCCGGCAUUUCGUUUUACCUCGAGUCGCUACCUUCACCCCCAGAUUCUGAAUGUAAUAUUCUGUCAUCGUCACUAUGCAGCAUGGUGAAGCGAGAUACCUUUACCAUCAUCCUUACGGUUUGGAUAGCCAUUCAGCUGGUCUGGAUCACGCUGCUAUGCGCCGUGCAACUCGUCCAAAUUUCACGAAACCAGACGACAUAUGAGAACAUGAAAGGCCAUUCGUUCGAUUAUGCGGAUCCUGCUGCGCGGGCGAUAACAUCCGCUCUGACCACCGGAACCACAUCUGCCGAGCUGGGCGGGCUUGAUUCCACGGGCCAGGGCCCGAAUCCGUCGAUUCCACCAUCCGGCCCUGGACGCCAUCGCCACGCACAUGGAGGUUGCUUUGCGCAAUGGAAGAAGCUGCUGGGUCUGGAUACCUUCAUGGCGACGGCUCAACACGGCCUUGGAGAUCGGCGCGCAUCUCGCUCUCGGAACCCGUUCUCUCGUGGGAUCGUCACAAACUGUCGAGAUUUUUGGUGCGAUCCUAGUCCGUAUUUUGGUAGGAGAGAAACUGGAAUGGCCAUGCUGGAUGGUAGCGUCAUAAAUUACAAUACGAUGUAUGAGGUUCCAUUGAGGUUGAGGACUGGGGGUUCCGGGAUGGUUUAUCGAAGCGUGGCAACGGAGGACGUUUAA